AUGGUCAUUCAUGGUCUCAUCCGGGAAGUGGAAAAUGCCAUUUAUGUGGAUGACUCGGCGCGCUGUCGUUGUUCGGAAAUCGGGAAUUUCGAACGUUCCCGACCCACCGCCAUAAGUUGCUGCACCAUGGAUGCUCACAGCCUUCCGUUGCGCAAACUCCUCUACUCAGCGACUCUCAUGUCGGACCCUGAGAAGUUGCGUCACGUGAAUCUCUUCUAUCCCCGAGUGUUCCACGCGAAGGCUGAGCAUGCGAACCGAUCCGACAAAGCCUUCGCCCUCCCGGACUCCCUCGAGGAACGAAAGAUCUUCUGCGAUAUCGACGUUCGACCUCUUCUGGUGUGGUGGCUCUUCGUUCAUCAGAAAAUGGGUCGCAUGAUUGUGUUCGCGCGAUCCCGUGAGGAGUGUCAUCGACUCCGAAUCGUUAUUGAAUUCAUGGGUAGUUGCAAGGUCGUGGAUCUCAGCGCCGAUAUGAAGAAACGGCAGCGACAGAAAGCGUUGGCCGAUUUCGACGAAGGACUUUGCGACAUGAUCAUUGCCACGCAAGUUCUCUCGCGAGGAAUGGAUCUCAAGAGUGUCGAACAUGUCGUACUCUAUCACGCACCGACUUCCGCAGAGGAUUAUGUCCACAUGGUUGGCAGAACAGCUCGAGCAAACAAAACUCUGAAAGCGAUAUCCAACAGCAAGGUGAAGGAAUUCCAAUGGGAUCCGUCGAGCUUGAGAGAAUUCUACCAGAACUACGAAGCAGCUCUGGCUUCCGCCAGGAAGGCCAUCCACCCAAAAUUGAAAACUAAGACAUGA